AUGUCUUCUAGUCAGCCAGUAAAAAAAGGCAAGGACUCAGAUACUUCAAGGAGCACUACUUCUGUUUCCGUGACAUUUCCUCGACCUCUAUUUCCACCAUCACAGCAGAGACCUUUGAGGUUUAGCAGAUCUGCUAUGACUGGCUCUGGGAAGAGUUCCGGAGGACGAGCCACUGUAGCUGCAUCAUAUCCACCAGCUCGCACUGAUAUGCAGAGGAGAGAUUCUUCUAGGUUACCACCGAGACAGGGAGUAGCCAUACGGUUCGGUGUGGAGAGUAAUACCCCGACACAUCCACCUUCGAGAUCACAGACUCGUACCGCGACAAGAGUUUUUGCUGUGACAGAAGAUGAGGCACGGGUCCGACUUGGAGCAGUGACAGCACCUGCUGCUGAACAAACCGAGACUCCUCCACAUCCUUCGCCUCCUCCGCUACCUACUAGUAUUCCUGCCAUGCCUCUUAAGGCAAAUCAGGCAUUGGCAACCUUUUUUACUACUAUUGCUAACCAGGCUCAGGCUGGUCAAGCUCUUCCUACAGUUCCUCCAACUGCUCUUUCAGUACCACCACCCCCACCUUCUGUCCCACCACCAAUGCUGGAUGUUUCUAAUUCUAAGAAGUUUAAAGAGGCUAGGCAACAUGAUCUUAUGGGAGCUAUAGGAACUCCUGAUCCCAGUAAUCCACUUCCUUGUUAA